AUGUCCUGGAACACCACGAACUCCUUGGUCACUGAGUUGGCGAAGGAUGUCGCCGUCUCCACCGGCGUAUCCUUGGAUCUAUACACCUUCCCCCCGACCCUGGGCUCCUCUGUGGCAGCCGCAGCGCUAGAGCAGCUCUUUGCUAUAGAAGAAUCUCUGAAAAGUGACUAUUUUAAAUGCAAUGAAGAAGCGAGGACCUUUCUUAAGGACAUUGCUGUAGCUGUUAAAAAAUUGGAAGAAAUGAGAAAAAACACAAUUGAUCUUUUGGAAAUCGAGAGUAUGGAAAUGAGCAGGCUCUAUUUUCUGCUGGAGACUGUGCCUGCCAUCUUUAACAGGGAAAUGGAAGAAUGUGUCAGAGAUGCUCGCAAAUUAAACAUUGCUGAAACAAAAGAAAUAAUGAGGAGAAUUGGAAAUGUGGAUAAUGAAAUUGUGCUUCUAAAGAAGAGCAUACAUGAUAUGAAUGACAUUAAUGAAUCUCUACAUGAAAGGCAAGAAGAGCUGGCAAAGCAACAUCAAGAGUUAGUCCUAAAACUCAACCGCACAAUGGAAGAAAAAGCUAAAGUUGGCGUUUUCAUAAAUGAGACCUAUAAGACAAUCAACAGAAGGAAAGAUGAAGUAGAAUUUCAAAAAAAAUGUAUAGAAGAAACAAAGGGGAUAAAAGAAAAACAAGAAUCACAAUAUUUAUUAAUAAAAGAGGAAUUGGCGACACGGUUUAGUGAAAUCAAAAUUAAGUGUGACAGCAAGAGGAAGGAGACUUAUACAAGGAAGAAAGAACUGGAUCGAUUAAAAACAAAAAUAAUAGAAAUGAAUCAAACAGUUGCUGACAGCACAGAGGCUAUUAGUGAUCACAAUUUAGAGAUAGCACGAUUACAGGCAGCGAUAAAAACCUGGGAAGAACAGAUCAAAAAUAUGAAGAAAGCUUGUCUUACUCUGGAGGAAAAAAUGAAUUUUUUUGUAAAACACAAGGAAAAACUGGAAGGUACAUCUACUAAUGAAAAAGGUGAAUACCUGAAAAAGAUAAAAGAGCUGAUACCAAAAAUACACAAAGUCCAAAUUGAGAACAAAGAUCUACGUGAGAAAAUGUUUACUGUUUCCAGACAAUAUAAGAUUUUCUUAAAUGAUGAGGAAAAAGUUUUUGUGCAACACCGGAAGAUCUAUGAAGAAAACCAGAAGCAAAUAGCAUUCAUUGCUGAGAAAGAAAACUUCCUAUCACAAAGAAAAGUGGACAUCAAAAACAUGGAAGAAGGACUUGCUACGCUUGAAGACCUUAGUCGAGCAUCAAAUGAAAUAUAUCGAAAACAAAUAAAAAUCCUAGGGGAUAACCUGGAAAGAGAAAGUCAGAGAUGUGUUAUAACUCAGUGGAAAAUAGCGUGUGCAAGAAGAAGGCAUGCACGUUGGCUGGCUGGUGUCAAGGUGGAACUAAAAGACAUUGCACAGCAAAUUGAGGAGGCAGAACUGAAACGAAUUGACUUAUUGGAAGAGACUACACAGAGACAAGAAGAAAUCGAAGAAUUUGUGGCAGAGAUCGAAAAGCUUACACUCGAAUUAAAAGAAGAGGAGGAGACAUUUGUUCUCAAAGAGAAAAAGUUAAUAAAAGGGUUAAACAAGUAUGAGGAAUUACUUGUUAAGGAAGAACUGAUUUUCAAACAAAAAGAAGAGGAACUCAUGGAUAGCCUUCCACAACUUCAGGUAGCAGAAGAAGAAUAUACUAAAAAAUCUAGACAGUUAAGAGAAACCUAUGAGGUUCUUCGAGCACAAAAGCAUGAGGAGACUUUAUUGAAGACUAACAUUUAUCAGUUUUCAAAGGACAUUGAAAAAUACCUUAAAAACAUGGAGAAAAUGAAAGCAGAAUUAAAAAACUCACGACAACAAGAAAGCAAGAAAAUCAAAAGCCAUUUUGAAUGUCUAAAGAAGUUAGAAAUUGAAAUCCAGGCAAAUGAUGAUAAAGCAAACCUUUUGAUUGCUGAAAACAAAAGAAUAAAGGAACAUCUGGCCUACUUGCAGAAUGAAGCAGAGAUCUACAAAAAAGGAAAAGAAUUACUUGGGCAAAAUUAUAGUGACUUGUCUUGGCAUAUAUUAGCUCAGCAUGCAAGAUACACAGAUUUGUGGGCAGAAUUUCAGGCUGCAGUUUCAGACUUGGUGCGCAAUGGUGAAGAUGUCUUGCAAGGACUAACAACUCUCAUAAGAAAACUGCAAGAGAGGGAUGAAAGCAUCGAAAACAUGAGUCAGUGGCUGGCAGGGAAUCUUGAAAAGUUACGUUUCAUUAUAAAAAAGGAACCACCAGAAGAGCCUCGUAAGUAAUACCUUAAUGUCUUUGAUAAGACAGCGUUGUU